CGAUCCCCACUUGCCCGACAAUCCCUGUCGCGGCUCCGUAACUUUUUGCGACAGCCAUCGACUGAUCACCGUCGGGACUCGGUAUCGAAUAGACAGCCAACCAAUACCCAAUAUGCCUCACAAACACAGACGCGUAGAAGAGGAUGAUACCCAGUUCAACCUUCCGCCCAACGUCCACGCCGCUCCUCUCGCCGUCGGCAAAGCGCGCACCUUCAGCACAGCACCCAAAGGCAAAAAGCGCAAAGUAAACCAGGUCGAAGGUUAUGGCGCAGACGACACACCCAAGGCCUUCCAGCGGCUAAUGGCCUUCUCGAAGGGAGGACCAAAGAAGCGCUCAGCUCUCGACGACGGCGCUGUGAAAACCAAGAAGCAGAAGAAGCAAGCCGCAGCUGAGGCGGUAGAGAAGGACGAUGCAAACAACAAGAGCGAAGAGCAGGUGCAAUCAACGACCGCGCUGAAGAUACAACCUGGAGAGUCGAUGCAAGAGUUCCGGUCGCGAGUCGACGCAGCGUUGCCAAUUUCAGGUAUCAGCAAGUCCGGCAAAAAGGUCGCAGGUGUCAGCGAUCACAGAGUCACCAAGCACGAACGGCAUCUCAAACGUCUACAAAAGGGAUGGAGGGAAGAAGAAGCGCGGAUACGAGAGAAGGAGAUGGAGGCAGCGGAACUAGCAGAGGAGGAACAAGACGAGCUGGAUGCCAUGUGGGAAGACAAGACAUCCGACUUGCCAACUACACGAACAGUCAACGGCAAGACGAAAAAGGCGAAGAAGAACAAACGCAGGAAGCUAGCAGGCGAGGUUGACAAUGGCAGCGAAGACGAGUGGGAGGCUCUCAAGAAGAAGAGAGAAGAACGGAAGGGCUUGCACGACAUUGUCCAUGCGCCGCCAACAUUUGAUAAGGUACCAAGAGAGAUCUUCAAGGUGAAAAACGGUGCCGGUGCAAAGGUCGGAAAUGUGCCCAACUCCGCUGGCAGUUUGAGGAAGCGGGAGGAGUUGGGCGAGGAGCGUCAAAGGAUGAUUGACAAGUAUCGUGAGAUGAUGGCCGCGAAGAGGGGGACGCAGGAAUGAUGUGUCGGUUUUGGUCGAUCAUAAGAUACCCCUGAUACAUCCAAAUCACGCCAUGCUGCAAAUGUCGAUCGCAUGGUUCAUUGAAGCAUUACAGCCAGUUGUUACCUCAAUCAGCAAUGCGUUGUUGUUCUAUGAGAUCUAACAACAGUGAUGCGAACGA